AUGAAGUCGCCUCCUAAUUCCCUUCUUUUUCUUGUUGCGUUGAUGUUUGCAUUGGUGGCGGCUCAAGCCGCCACCGUCGACAACAAGAAAGGGUUGGAGGCAUCGGCCUUCCUGUGGCCGCCGACUCCACCCAAGAAAUUAAUAUACUCACCUUUGCCUACCUUCACCUUCCCUUCCGUUCCAAUCUACAAACCUAAGCCAAAACUAGUUCCCAUUCCUACAAUUCCAAUCUACAAACCCGAGCCAAAGCUAGUUCCAAUUCCUACAAUUCCAAUUUACAAACCCGAGCCAAAGCUAGUUCCUAUUCCUACGAUUCCAAUUUACAAACCCAAAGUAAAGCUAGUUCCAACUCCAAUUCCAAUUUACAAACCCAAGGUAAAGCUAGUUCCACCUCCAAUUCCAAUUUACAAGCCAAAGCUUCCCAUUUAUAAUAAGCCUCCUAUCUAUAUUGGCAACCCAUAA